AUUUACGGCAAAAAGAAGGAAAAACAAAAUAAUUAUCUAUCAAGCUCCUUAUUAAUAUUCUAAGUAUCCUUAAGCCUUUUAAUAAUAGAAAAUCAUAUAGUAAAUUUUUCUAACUAUAUAUUUCCAUCUCUCUAUAAAGAUUUACCACAAACAGAUAAACAUAAUGAUUAAUGAAGAUAAAAUGAGAAAUAAAUAAUUUUUCUUAAUAUUCUAAGUAUCCUUAAGCCUUUUAAUAAUAAAAAAUCAUAUAGUAAAUUUUUUUAACCAUUUAUUUCUAACUCUCUAUAAAGAUUUACCACAAACAGAUAAACAUAAUGAUUAAUGAAGAAAAAUGAGAAAUAAAUAAUUUUUCUUAAUAUUCUAACUAUCCUUAAGCCUUUUAAUAAUAGAAAAAAUCAUAUAUCAAAUUUUCUAACUAUAUAUUUCCAACUCUAUAAAGACUUACCACAAACAGAUAAACAUAAUGAUUAAUGAAGAAAAAUGAGAAAUAAAUAAUUUUUCUUAAUAUUCUAAGUAUCCUUAAACCUUUUAAUAAUAAAAAAUCAUAUAGCAAAUUUUUCUAACCAUUUAUUUGCAACUCUAUAACAAUUUACGGCAAAAAUAAGAAAAAAAAACAAAAUUAUGUCAAUCCGUCAAGAUCAAGAUGAAGGUACAAACACAGCUCCUCUUGGCGGCCAGGCGGUGUUACGGUGACUCCCUGCUGGUGUUACUGGUGUUAUUGGUGUUUCCCUAUUUCACACCAUGGCGGACGGCGGGUCAAGUCACGAGGCCACGGAGGAGGACGCCACGGAGCUGCAAUUCCCUAAGGACUGGCCAAGACUCAGUGUGAGCGGGCGGGAUGUGUAUAUUAAGACAGUGCCGUGUGUAUGUGAGAUGGAGGCUGACCUGUGUGCUGUGGUGCUGUGCCUGUGGGGCUCAUUAGGUGGUGGCGGGGCUGGGUCCGGGACCGGGGCUGGGGCGUGCCGGCGGUGCGGGGCGGCGUUGGCGGAGCCUUACGUGUCUUGUUGGGCGUGCCCGGGGCGGCCCUCGCUGUGUCUGGAGUGCUUCGCGCGGGGCGCUGAGUUCCCGGGGCACGCCAGCAGCCACCCCUACAGCCUGGAGGGGCGCUGCUGUCCCCUGGAGGAGGGGUGGGGGGGCGGCGAGGAGCUGGCGCUGCUGGGGGCGGUGGAGGAGUGUGGCCUGGGGAACUGGGAGGCGGUGAGUGCCCGCAUGCCUGGCCGCGCCCCGCACCACUGCCGCGACCACUACCACCGCCACUACCUCACACACCCGCCCCCAGAGCUGGCCCGCCUGGUGCCCACGCCCCCGACCCUCGCCGACCCGCCCCACACCGCUGACCCCAUAGAGUAUGUGGCGGGCACUGAACAACCCCCGCGGCCUCUGCCCGGCACGCCCGCCGCCGCCAGCCUGGCCGGCUACUGUGCGGCACGCGGUGACUUCCUGGUGGAGGCAGACCCCGCAGCGGAGGCGAUCCUGGCGGAGGUGGACCCGGAGCUGUUCGAGGGUGUGGGGGCGGAGUGUCCCGGCGCGGCGCUGGUGGUGGCGGUGGCGGACGCCUACCGGAGGCGCGUGGCGGAGCGGCACCACGUGCGACGUGUGGUGCGGGACGCGGGGCUGCUGGUGGGGGCGGGGCGCUUGGCCACCACCCUGGCCCGCCUGCGCCCGACGUUGCCCUCUGGCCUGAUGCGCGCGCUGCCGCGUCUGCUGACACUGGUGCCGGGGCAGGACCUGGAGGAGGUGGUGGCGGGGCUGGCGGCGGAGUGGGAGCUGCGGCAGCAGGUGCAGCAGCUGCGGGAGUACCGCCAGGCGGGCAUCACUAGGCAGGCGGGCGUGGCCACCUACGAGACGCUACGGCGGCGGCGCGAGGCCACACAUCGUGAGCGGGAGUGCCUGGUGUCUGGCGGGGCUGGGCGGGGCGGGGACUGGAAGGUGGAGGGGCGGUGUGUGUUAUCGCGGGCCGUGCUGCCAGGCGUGGGGCGCCGCGCCAGGCCGCCCCUGGAUGUGAGCGGCAUGCCGGGGUACGAGGGGUUGACGCGGGCGGAGCGCGAGGCGUGCGCCGAGCUGCACAUGCCGCCCGAGGCCUUCCUGCGACACAAGCGCCUGCUGGUGGGCGAGGCGCGGCGGUGCGGCGGCCUGCGGCUGGCACAGGCGCGCACCCUCCUCAAGAUUGACGUCAACAAGACACGCAGGAUAUACGACACACUCCAACACGCCGGGGACAUCACCGCCAUCACCGCGCCACACGCCCGCCACGCCGCCAACACCACCGCCUCCACCACUACCACCACGGAGACGCUACCAUCCUAACACACACACACACACACACACGCACACACGGCUGAGUACUGUACUGUGAUACUUUGGUGUAGUAAUAAAGUUUUGUAUUGUG